UUUCCGAAGAAGAAAAGAAAGCUCUGCUUCUUCUUUCUCCUGCUCGAAAACAAAAGAAGAAGAAGAAGAAAAGAAAAGCCAUGGCUACUAUUGUGGUCACAUCUGAAGAAGAUCCUUCGCUCUCAGUCGUCCGAUUCAUGUCCGAGCUUGCGUGGGCCGACGCAGGACCUGAGGUUGCAGAACCCCAGGUCACUAGAUUAUGCAUGGAGGCACAAGAAUGCAUGGUGAUGGGAAGAUGGUUGGAUCUGGCCUCUCUUAUGCUCACAUCAGCUGACUUGAUAUUUUCAAGAGUUUCAGAGAAAGAUCUGGAAUGCAUCUUCACCAUCAUUUGCAAUCUUGUCACAAAAACUGAGAGUCCAGAUGAAGCACUAGAGAUGGCAAAGCUUAUAUCUGCAAAAGUCAUCCAACAGCCUAGUGACAAGCCUGCGUUGCGCUUGAAGAUAUUAUUCAAUCUGUACAACCUAUUGGAGAACCCUUACAGCCGGUUCUUUGUUUAUAUGAAGGCUCUUAAUCUGGCAGUUAGUGGAAAAGUUACCGAAAAUAUUGUACCUUCUUUCAGAAAGAUGGAUAGUUUCUUAAAAGAAUGGAAUAUUGGGACAUUGGACCAAAGGGACCUCUAUCUCACAAUCUAUAAUAUCUUAAAGGAAAACAAAAGUUCAGGAAAGGAUACGUUUUCUUUUCUGACCAAGUACUUGGCAACUUUCUCGGGUGAGGAUGCAUAUAACAUGAGUGAAGCCAAAGACGAAGCAGUUCAGGCUAUUAUAGAGUUUGUGAAGGCACCUGAUAUGUUUCAGUGUGAUCUGCUAGAUAUGCCCACCGUAGGGCAAUUAGAGAAAGAUGGCAAAUAUGCAUUGGUUUAUCAGCUGUUGAAGAUCUUUCUCACACAAAGGUUGGAUGCCUACUUAGAAUUCCAUGCUGCGAAUUCUACUUUACUGAAGAGCUAUGGUCUGGUCCAUGAGGACUGUAUAACAAGGAUGAGGUUGAUGUCAUUGGCUGAUUUGAGUUCAAAUGAUUCUGGCGAGAUCCCAUAUGCUCUCAUCAAGGACACUCUUAGGGUCAAGGAUGAUGAGGUGGAACUUUGGGUAGUUAAGGCAAUAACUGCAAGACUACUCAACUGUAAGAUGGACCAGAUGAAUCAAACUGUAAUUGUGAGCCGCUGCACUGAACGUGUGUUCGGGUUGUCGCAAUGGAACUCUCUCCGAUCAAAACUUGUUGCUUGGAGGGGAAAUAUUACAAACGUCAUAAGCACCAUCCAAGCUAACAAGAUAACUGAGGAAGGGUCCCAGGCCACGCAAGGCUUGACAAUCCGAUGAGAAAUUUGAUUUGAUUUCAGUGCUGUUCUGACUCCAUUUUGUGAGGGCGUUUCGGAGUAGGAGAUUUCUAGGAUGAAUUUUGAAGUUGCAUUCUAUAUAUACAAUUCCAGAUGUUGUCAAUUCUACCCGAAAUCUUCAUUUGGUGAUUGUCA